CUCGGCUGGGGACUCAUGUUCCUCCUGUUCCGCGUCGGCGUGUUUCGAAAGUACAGCGCGGACUUCAGCAACAGGGUCGUGUCCAUAAUACACGCUAUCGUCGCGGUGUACUACGCGUACCUCACCUUCACGAACGGCUGGGCCGGGAUGUUCGACGACAUCGGCGGCGCGAACACGCCGGCGCAGGCGCUGUGCAUGGCGAUCUCGCUGUCGUACUUCGUCUACGAUCUCAUCUACUGCGCCGUGGUCGGCGAGUUAGAGAGCGUCUUCCAUCACAUGUUCACCAUCGGCGGCCUCGCGAGCGGCGUCUUCGAGGGCAAGUCCGGCUCGGAGCUCGUCGCGUGCCUGUUCUUGAUGGAAGUCUCGAACCCGAGCCUGCACCUGCGGACGGUGCUCGCGGAGAUGGGGCUGAAGAACAGCGCGUUGGCGUCGAUGAAUAAUCUUAUUUUCGCGCUCGUGUUUCUCGUGUGCCGCCUCGUGAUCGGGCCGCCGCUGGUGUAUAAGACGAUGGUGUGCCCGGACAACGCGUACAUCGUGAAA